CAGAAAUCUGCAGCUCACAGAAUGAAGAGAUCAAAAUGAUGCUGGCUGUAAAAAGGGAUUAAACUCUGGGCGCCACCUCGCUACAAUCGGCUGCGGGUGGAUAAUACAGAUUUGCCAGCGGGAGUUGAGAAAGGAGACAUGCCGUCGCUGAGCAUCCGUUGCGACGCUUGACUGACCAUGAUGAAGACCGAAUCCACAUCCAAGAGCACCGGCUCUGGCUCCACGCUCAGGAGCCCAUCCCCGCACAGAAACGCGUACGAGGCGGGGAUGCAGGCCCUGAAACCAGUCAAAGACAAUUCCGCCAAUGGGGACAUGCAGGAGGGCCCCCGAGGGCGCAGGUACGGCUCCAACGUGCAUCGUAUUAAAAACAUGUUUCAACAGAUGCAGACCACAUCCCCAGCCGAUGCAGAGGGAGAGGAAGGCGCCUGCAGGAACAACGAGAAGACGGUGCGACUCUCCCUCCCAAGAGCCGGGAGCCUGAACGAGAACGUGGACCACAGCGCGCUCCUGAAGCUGGGAUCCACCGUGUCUGAGAGGGUCAGUAAAUUUGACACCAAAUCUGAGAAUGGGCACCAGCGGGCCUCAUCACCCAGCUACUCCAAGCUGCAGGAGACCCGCCGCAUCUUCGAGCAGCAGCAGGAGAGACAGCAGCAGGAGAGGCAGCAGCAGGAGAGACAGCAGCAGGAGAAGCUGGCGACCACCAGAGUCCUGCUGAAGACAGACAAGGCCUCAGGAUUUCAGGAUGGCAGGUUGGAUGUGGUGGCCCGCUUCAAUGGCAGCACAGAGUCCUUGGACAGCCUGGACACUGGUGAGGCAGUGUCCCCCACAGUCAGCCAGCUCAGUGCUGUGUUUGAGCGGGCAUCCGAGCUCCGGAACAAUCUCCACCGCCUCUCUUCUACACCGCCGCUCCCGUCCAGGGGGGUCAGUGCCAAGGUGGGUGUGUUGAACUCCAAAAUAAUCACAAAGAGGGUCAUUGCCUUUGCAGCAGACAACCAGGAGGAAGAACUAAGCAAUCUGAAGGACCAAGAGGGGCCUCCAAGGGGCUCCAUGGGGAGGGUGUCUUCAUCUGAAAGCAUUAACGGGGGCCAAAGUGAUUCAUUUAGUGAUUUUUCCAGUACUGUAGGAGAGCCGAAUGAGCAGAGAGAAAAGACUGUUUCAGAUGCAGGUGUUGAGGCCAAAUCUGAGAUUAAUUUUGAGGAACACUCUGGCACUAUGCAGCCCAGCAGCACAACAUUGCAAGGUGAUAUGCACAUCUCUCCAGAGAAUGGAGAAAAUGCUGCUGUGAAGCAAAUCUCAAAGGCCGGCGAGAUGCUCAGACAGGAAGAGGAGGACAGGGCGCUCCGAGAAGACCAGUCGGGCCGUGACUCUGUGGAUAUCAGUACCUACAGCGCGGUGGGGGAGGACUUUGGAGGAAGCCAGGUGGAUGAGGAGGAAGAUGAGGUUGAUGACCGCUAUGAGCCCGAGUCCAGCUGUGUGGAGAUUACUGGACUGCCUGAUGAGGAGGACCCGCCCCCUUCAAGGAAGAUCCGCUUCAGCAUAGAGCCCAUCAAGGUGUUUGCCACUUAUCCCAACGAGGACUAUGACAGGCGAAAUGAAGAUGUGGAUCCCAUGGCAGCGUCUGCAGAGUACGAGCUGGAGAAGAGGGUGGAGAGGCUGGACCUGUUCCCUGUGGAGCUGGAAAAAGAUGGCGAUGGCCUGGGCAUCAGUAUCAUCGGGAUGGGUGCAGGAGCAGAUAUGGGUCUGGAGAAGCUGGGCAUUUUUGUUAAGACGGUCACAGACGGAGGAGCAGCGCAUAGGGAUGGCAGGAUCCAGGUGAACGAUCUGAUUGUGGAGGUGGAUGGAACCAGUUUGGUGGGAGUCACCCAGAACUUUGCUGCCUCCGUCCUCAGGAACACUUCAGGAACCGUCAAGUUUGUUAUUGGGCGAGAGAAGCCGGGUGAACAGAGUGAAGUAGCCCAGCUCAUCCAGCAGACCCUGGAGCAGGAACGCUGGCAGAGAGAGAUGAUGGAGCAGCGCUACAACCAGUACAUGGACGAGCAAGAGGGUGGAGAAUACGGCACAGAUGAGGAAGAGGACGAAGAGGAGGAAAUCAGCCCGCCGUAUCCCAGCGCCAUUGAGGUGUUUGACUUGGCAGAGAACGAGGACAUGUCGCCUCUGGAGACAGACCCUGAGAAACUGGCCCAUAAAUACAAAGAGCUCCAGAUAAAGCAUGCUGUGACCCAGGCUGAGAUCCAGCAGCUGAAAAGAAAGCUGCACCACGCAGAGCAGGAGAAGCAGCGCUGGCGUAUGGAUAAAGCCCAGCUAGAACAGACCCUGCAGGAAAACAAGGAGCGUAUGGAGAAGCUAGAAGGCUACUGGAUGGAGGCUCAGAGCUUGUGCCAGGCUGUGGACGAGCACCUAAAAGAGACACAGUCCCAGUAUCAGGCCCUGGAGCGCAAGUACAGCAAAGCCAAACGCCUGAUCAAGGAGUAUCAGCAGAAGGAGAUUGAGUACCUGAAGAAGGAGACCCAGCGUUGUGCACAAGUUGGAGCUGAGGCCUCGCUGCUGAAAGAGGAGUCUGGUCAGCUUCAAGAGCAGGUGGCUGACCUGGAGUGCCGGGUUGAGGAGCUGAAAUCGGAACCUUUAUAAAAGCCUUUUUUUUUUUUUUUCCUGUUAUGUAUCUCAGAAAUACGAACUUGACUAGAUAAAGGAGAAGAUAGUGUUACUGUUGUUGCGAUGAACUGCAGGGUAUUUCUUGUCUCAAACAUGAGCUUGGUUUCUGAUCGCAUACUGUAUGUCCUCAGGCUUUGUAUUUCAGCCACUUAACCCCCAUUUAACCUUGUUUUUCUGUUAACAUUUACGAGAAAGUGAAGAACAGUUUUAUCAUCACAAAUACGGACUCUGUUGAGCUCUAAAUGUACUGUUCCUUUUUUUUUAAUUUUUGGAUUUCAGUAUUUAAUCCUUUAAUUUGUGGUUUUGUGAAAGACCAGGCUGUUGCUUUUAAUUGCCAAAAAACAAAUUCCUUUCUUUUGCCUAGUUUUGUGCCCUUUUAUUUUCUGAGUUUGUACAGAUGUGAUAAUGUGUGGUUUAACAAUCAGUUUGGUUUGUAAAAAUUUUUAAUAUGUGUAUAACAUUUAACAUAAUAUAAACUAAUGAGAUUGAGGGUUGUUGUAUAUUUUAUGUGAUGAAGAUGUGUAAAUUGGAUGGAGAUUGCACUGAAGAAGACAUCGACAAGGUGCUUCACUGGAACGGAGGAAGAAACAGGAACGGGAGUCUUUGAAAUUGUACGAACUGUAACCCAACCUUUGUAGGGGUCUUGUCACUUAACCUUGGGAACCACCUGCUGCCUACCUUUCAGAAGUGUUAGUGUAUUUUUUACACAGACUCAUUAAUGAGCGACCAAUCCUCCGGUAUCAACCCCUCACUUCUUUCAAAAUGGACCACAGAAACAAGCCUCCACAACUGCUGUGCCACAAAUGAAAAUGGAUCUUUUUUCCCCUCAAAAUGGAUGUUGUCAAGGACUUGUGUAACUGGUAUUAGUUAGGACUACUGAUAUAAGAACCAUUACUGGACUGGGCUUGUUAAAGAAGCCGUUACCAGCAGCAAAGUCAUUGAUUUUAAAAAGCUUGUGUCUCUAACCAGCAGCUGCACUUGACACCGCUGUGUGUAGCACAUGGAAAACACUGCCAGGUUUAUACCUGUUUCAAUUUACGCACAGUUUAAAAGAAAUUGAGUCUACUUGUGUCAACCGUCAUACCAGUAUGUUUGUAUAGUUCAGGUAAGACUGAAAUAUUUUAAUUUUACUUAAUAUUUAUAAUAUAGUCAAGUUGGAAAUAUGAGCUAACAAGGACAAAAACUGACAAAAGCAAUGUUCAAUAGACAGUUAUACUGUGUCAUGUAAAAAAAAAAGUAGAACUGGAGGACUACAAAAACAAAAUUAAGAUUAAUGAAUUGAAAAAAAAUGGCAUGGUUAUGAGUAUUUUCAUAAUAUUAAGGCUUGUACAGUGCACAUGCUUUGCAUUGUAUGUUUUGUGGA